AGCAUCCAUCCAGACGAAGCUGGACUUGCCUGCUCUCUUCACCCCAGGAUCAUAACCUCGAGGUCAGACAUGGACACCGGCAACGCCCCCUCUAACACGCUGAUGCUGGAGUUCAAAGAAGACCCCUCACUGACCGAGAUGAUGCGUCACCGUGCGUCGUCUCUGCUGCGCUCGGGGCAGAAGCGACAGGACGGCGAGCGUCUGCUCCUCCCCCACGAGGCCGUGUACCGGCUGGACUUCCACAACCAGGAGCUGAACUUCUGCCGCUGGUUCUUCUCGCUCGCAGCCCACGGCCGCGUCACCAUCACCGGCAUCUGCCAGCUCUGGACCCCUGACCUCACCUACCUGAUGACCCGUCAGCUACUGGAUCCAAUCGGAUCAUUUUGGCGAAACGCCGAGGACCCGGAGGAGUCACCGCUCAAGUGGCUGGAGGCGGACAUGCAGGAGUUCGGCGAGAGGAUCGCAGCGCUGGCCAAGGUCAGGAGGGUCAUGUACUUCCUGUUUGCUUUCAAGGAAGCCGCAGAGGCUGCGAAUCUCAGCUGCUCGCUGGAGUUCACGCUCGACAAAUGAUGCUUCACUUUUUGUGAGUCGAAUCCUUUCAGUGCUGGAGACGCCUCGCAAUCUUUUUGACCUUUAGAAAAACAUCCAGCUAGAGAAAUAAAACACAUUAUUUUUUAUAUUUUUUCCCUGAAAGUUUGCGUUUCAUGUCUUAGUAUCACUGAUUAAAGUGUAAUUUUACAGCAACAAGAUCGUAGUUCCACCUUCUUUGUGCAGGACUUAUUUAAUUUAGCUACUGUCCAUUCUAAAACAGCCACAUGUUUAUUGAAGCACUUAACAAACCUUUAAAAAAGUAUUUUUCACCAAAUAAAUCACACAUAUUUACUCAAAAGAAAGAAAGAAACAAGACAUGCAUGUACUACUAUUCUGUUUUAAAUGGAACUACUGCUUUGGAGAGCCAUGUAGCCCUAACACUUCCCCCAAGGGAGUAGUAGGAUUUGGGUCUUAUUAGGGUCCAAUUUAAAUGUCCUCUCGUCAAUAAAACACACCCUUUGCUGCCCAGAUGAAUCCUGUUAUGAUAUGUGUUUUUGAGUUGUUGGCCAUUCUUGUCAUUGCAUUUUGUUUUCUGAAGACCUCGACCGGCCACAGGAGAGGCAGCAACAGUAGCAGCAGAACAAAGUAGCAGCAAAAGUCAAAUAUUCACUUUGCAUGGUUGACCGUCGGCCUGACCCAAAACUCAGAUCAAUGGAGUGACAUCUAUUAAAG